GCCAUUGCCAUACAGAUGCUCUCUCCGGAGCAGACACAAGGGAAGAAGCACCCGUAUCUCUUUACGCAGUGCCAAGCUAUUCAUGCUCGGUGCCUCAUGCCCUGCCAAGACACACCAGGCGUCAAGAGCAAGUACACUGCCAAGAUCACUGCUCCUUCACCCCUCACAGUGCUCAUGUCUGCAGUGCCGGACGGCGAGCCCAAGGAAGUGGAGGGUGGCAAGCGAUGCUUUUCCUUCACGCAGAAGGUGCCGAUUCCAUCGUAUUUGCUGGCCCUGGCCUGUGGAAAUUUGGCCUCACGCCGCGUGGGCCCACGUAGUCAUGUGUGGAGUGAACCAGAGGCUGUGGAGGCCUGUGCAUUUGAAUUUUCGGACACCGAGAAGUUUCUGGCCAUUGGAGAGAAGCUCUUUGGUGAAUAUGUUUGGGGCAUCUACGAUCUGCUCGUUUUGCCUCCAUCUUUUCCUUAUGGCGGCAUGGAAAACCCGUGCUUAACUUUUGUAACUCCAACUCUCUUGGCGGGCGAUCGGUCGUUGGCAGACGUGGUGGCCCAUGAAAUAACACACAGCUGGUUUGGAAAUUUAUGCACUAACCGGAGCUGGGAAUGUUUCUGGUUGAACGAGGGCUUCACAAAGUUUGGAGAGCGCAGGAUUAUGAACAACGUCCACGGACCGGACUAUGAACAGCUGCUGGUGCGGAACGACUGCCUUGACCUGGUGCAAUCCGUCGAGCUCUUUGGUGCUGGCCACGAGUUUACAAAGCUCUGCCCGCAACUGAAGGGAAUCGAUCCUGACGAUGCCUUCAGCGUUGUUCCUUAUGUGAAGGGUGAGCUCUUGCUGCUUCAUUUGGAGAAGUUGGUGGGCCAGGAGAGAUUUGAAGCCUACCUUCGGGCGCACGUGAAACGUUUCGCUGGCGGCUUCUUGACGGAAGAGGACUUCAAGAACUUCUUUCUGGAGCACUUCUCUUCAGAGCCAGCUGUGCAGAACGUGGAUUGGCAGAAAUGGUUUUAUGGAUCAGGUUUGCCUGAAUUACCGACCAUGAACUGCGUACUUGCCGAGAAGGUGGAGUUGCUCUUCUCCUCCCUGAAGGGUGGCUACGAGGGCAGUAAAGAGGACACAGAGGGAUGGUUUCCUGCGCAGACUAUGCUGCUCUUGGACCGGCUGGUGGACUACGCUCGCGAGCAAGCUGCUGCUGGCAAAGCGGAUGAGGUGCGACAACGUCUCAGCACGUGGAGCGAGGCGUAUGGCUUGGAUGCCACCAGCAAUGCAGAGAUCCGGUUCCGUUGGUUGAUUUUGGCCAUGGCAUGCCAUGACCCAUCACGAGUGGAUGCCGCCAUCGCCAUGGCACUGGAGGUGGGCAGGAUGAAGUUCACUCGCCCACUCUAUCGGGAGCUGUGGCGUGUCAGCACAGCACGCAGCACCCUUCUGUCUUUGAUGAAGGAGCCUGCUCGAAUGGCGAGGGCAAAGGCUGCCUUCGAGAAGGCCAGAGGAACUUAUCACCCGAGCCUCGUCCGAUUUUCAUCUGGGAUAUGGAUGGAUAUGGACUUAUGGAUCUUAUGGAAAUUUCAUGGACUAUUGUUGACAUGUGUUGACUACAUUUGGCUACUUGAUAGCGAUGCGGCGAUGCCAAUGGGCCAAUGCCAUAUUUUUCAAGGUGCGCGUCAUUUUCCUCGUGAAUAUGACGCAGUACCUGUAUACACGCUCAUUGAUUUCGUUGUUCUGCCAUGUUCCCCUCUCCACUUUAAAGUCAAACAAGUUGCAGUUUGGCUCAAUCAACUCCCGUACCUGGCUUGCUCCCAGUUCUUACAGAUGGAGGUGGUUUGCCUCAACGGCAAAUCCGUUUUGGUGCAGCCCAUGGAAAGUUUGCAUCAAGUGAAGACCAAAGUGGCCAAGGCCCUGGGAGCUUCCGCCGAGGCAGUAAGGAUCAGCUGUGCAGGGCAGGUUCUCUGUGGAACAGCGAGCCUGGCUGAUGCCUUGGCAGCCUUCCAAAUCUCUGAACCUGGCCCCCUUUUCGGAGUGGUGGACCGAGACAGAAUGGAGCUCUCAAGGCACUUGCGUAUCUUCAAGGAGGACUUGCAAGCCUGUAAGAAGCAAGUUGCGAAAUGGGUAGAUUUGAAGACUGAGCUGACCCGGAAACGAAGGCAGCUGUGUGUCGCAGGCACUAGUUUCAGAGAGAUCGACAGAACAAUCGAGCAAUUGAAGGGAACUUUGCCAUUGCAGCAAGAGAAGUGGCUAGUCUUUCGGCUUCCAAAGCUAGUUCGCUUGGGAGACAUGGAAGAAACAGUCGGGCACGAGGAUUUCAAGAAGCACGCUCUUUGGCGAAAAUUGGAGAACGAGAAGAUCCCCGGUUUGAGAGCAGACUUGCAGAAGGCACUGGAAGGAUCCCACCAGCAAGGGCAGCUCUUGCUGGAAUUUGAUGAGAAAGCUAAUUUCCAUGAAGAAUGGUGGGAUAUAGGCUGCGACUGCAUGUACUGCUGCCCUCCUGACGACCCUCCAAACGUCCUCCGUGAUUUAGUGUUUCUGCAGGAUUUAUGCCCCCGCCUUCUGCACCGGGAUUUGGGCAGAAAUUCAAAGCGAUCUUGGAAACAGGUGCCAAAAGAAAAGUCUGAUCAGCUUGAGCCUUACCCAUGUGACUGCUCUGACGAAUGGCCGAGACUCAGGCCUCUUAAAUCCAAGAGGAAUCAGAAGUAUAAUCGAAGUGCGAUGCGGCAUGUUAAGGCCCAGCUUAGCAAGCUGAGUCUGGGGCACUCAUCCGAGGAAUGCUAGCCUCUGCAUGCCUGGGUCAGAAAUUGUGUCACCAAACCCUACAGCCUAUGUCUGUCGUAGACAAUAGUCAAACCACAAGAUUUUGAUCCAUGCCAUCCCACACUGACACACAGUCCCAUGCCGUAAAUCGCCUAUAGGUUCUGAAGGAAAGCACGCGUGAAAGAGACCAUCCUGCCCAAGACAUGUACAGUGAUGUAUAGCCUGUAUAGUGUACAGCCUGGACCUUUGGGCCUUUGGUCCUUGGUGAGGCGCAGGUGGUGACCCCCAGAGGCUCUUCAGAUGAAAAAUCAUCGAACAUGCUCGAACAAA